UGCGGCUGGCCUGGGCGCCCAGGGGCGGCGGCGGCCCAGCCCAGGUGCCCAGCGCACAGGCGACCGCAGUGCGGAGCCACCCAGCAAACACUAUUGUCGCGACGCCAGAGCCCACCGGGCCCUACGCACCCACUCCCCGCACCUGCCGCGGGGUCCAAAAGGAAUCCUGCAAAAAUGAGCCAUUUUCACCCCGCUGGAUUACUUGCAGCAUAUAAUAGCCUCACCGAUAAACAUCUGAUUGGAUAUUUUAACAAUACGAGGAUAAGGCGACAUCUUUUAAGAUCAGGGCUGAUCACAAGAAAUGGAAGAAUACUUUCUGAAAAAGAAUAUAAACUAAAUAUUAUGAAGCGGGAUCACCAAAAAUAUAUACGGGAAUGCUUAGCCCAGGCUAUUUUUCAUAAAGUUCUUGAUAUGGAGCGUUACAAUCAGCUUGAAAUCAAAAAGAAACUGGAAACCUUAGCUAGAAAGGAGCGCAUUCAGAGAUUUAAGGGAGAGCAUACAAGACGGUCUGUUGAAAAUAACAUGCCAAUCCUGUCUCCCCGUCCUCCAGUUGGUCCAAAGACUAGCCGUGGUCAUAGUGUUCUAGUUGAAGAAGGACAUUCCAGUCCAUUAACACUGACAGCCCCUCGACCAUAUACUGCCCCAGGAAAUAUGCAGCCUCCAACCCGAUUACAGCCUCUUCCUAAUAGUCAUGCAGUAGGAACAGUUUCAAAGAUAACUUCGGGGUCCAGAUCAAAAACCUCACUGCUGGAGAAUGAAGCUCCAUUUCCUCUUGGGGGCAAGAAGGCAGUGAUGAAGUUCAGGAACUCCAUGGGCAAUUCACAGAGAAUGAAUCCAUAUCAACUUCCAAACAUUAACAGUUACAUGAUGCCUAUUCCUCCUCCACCUCCUCCCCCCAGUGGAAAAAUCACAAGGGAAGCUAAAUCUGAAACAUGGAGAAAGAGAAAGUUUCGUCCAACCACUGCUCCGAAUGGCUUAGAACCUCUCUUUACUAUGGAUACCAGAAGGAUUCAUAAAACAUCAGUGCAUAGCAAUGCAGUUAUUACAAUGAUCUAUUUGGGGAAAAAUGUGCACCUAUCUUAUGAUAACCCAGACUUUCGGGAUGAAAUAAAAGUUUAUCAGCAGCAUUGUGGCGGUGAAAACCUUUGUGUCUACAAAGGCAAACUGCUUGAAAAAGAGACCUUCCAGUUUAUUUCCAAAAGGCACCAUGGUUUCCCCUUCAGUCUCACCUUUUUCCUAAAUGGGAUGCAGGUGAACAGGUUAAGCUCCUGCUGUGAAUACAAGCACAGAAAAGGUUCCAGACUUGGAGGCAAGCGUGGCUACUUUGGGUUUGUGAGUGUCGAAAGAUCAUCUCCUUGCUACAAAUGUAUUAUUGCAAUGGGUCUCGACAAAAAAACACCUUCACCAAAACCUAAGAGAGAAAAGAGCACCGAGAAAAGAGAGGAGCUGAAGAAGAGCGAGGGGAAACUGAGGAAGGACAGGGAGUAUGUGAUACCAAGAAGAAAGGAGAUCGAGGGGAACAAAGCCUCUGCCUCUGCCGUUUUUUCAGCUCAAGAAGUAAAAAUGGGAGACAGAGAAGUGAGAACUGCUGUGGAAGAAAUGGAACAGAAAGGAAAACCAGGACAAGAUGUUUGGGAAGACGACCAGGAAAAUACUUUAAAAUAUGAAUAUGAAGAAGAUUUUGAAGUAGAUGAAGAGAAGCAAGAUGAGAAAACUAAUGAAAAAGGACAAGCGAAUGAACAAAUGAAUGGAAUGUCAAAGUCACCCUUAGAUGAUGAAAAAGAUAGUUCAGACCCUGAUAAGGAGAGUGAAACCUCAUCACAGAAGGUACCAGAUGCCACUGACGAUGUGAAAGAUGAGGAUGAUGGAUCCUCUAAGAGUGAAUUGGAAGACGAUAAACAAGAUAUAAAAACUGCUUUGUCAACCUCAUCCAGAAGUUGCCCAUAUUCCAGUGGCAGUGAAGACGACUCCACUGUCGGAGAAAGAGAAGCCUGUGAUGAAAACAGUACAGGUGAAAGUGUCAGAAUUUCAUCUUCUCAGGAGCUGAGUGAAAAUGAUGAGCCAGGAAAAUCCCACCUUCCAAGUGAGGAAUCCUUAGAAAUUGAAAUUGAAGACCAUGAGAUAACAAAAGCAGAUGAGGAAGCCCAGCCUCUACCAAUAGAGGAAAACUUUGAGAAUAUUUUUGAAGAAGAAAUAGAGAAAGGAACCCAAGAGAAUACAGAGAAUUUAUCUGAGAAGUCCAGGAAACAUAUUCCCAAGGAAGAAAAGGAAGAAGAUAAGAGUAAGCUUUGGGAAAGAAGCACUGCUAAGAUGAAAGACAAAAGGGCAGGUCUCCCUAGGGUGGAGAAAGGUGUUGGACGGAUAGUAACUGAAGCCUCAUCAUCAGACCGCCACUGCUAUUAUGAUGCCAAGUCUGAUGUGAGCGGUGCCGAGGAAGGGGGGGAGCUCUUGAAGAAACCAGAGAUUGACACACCUGGAGCACCAAAUGAGAAUUUAAUGGUGGAAGAAACCUCAACGCUCAGCUCAGACAAACAAUCCUGGCAAGUUGCACAAGAGGCAUGUAUGCUGGAGAAGGAGGCCAUGGGGGAAGAAGCAGCUCCCCAGCAGGAGGAUGCUGAUACAAUAGAGGAAAAAGGGGAGGCAGCAGGUUUGGGGGAAGCGGGGGCUAAAGAGCUCCUCCUUGGGGAUUGGAAGCCCACAGCAGAGCAACCAGCGUUAGCAGAACAGUUUACAGAGACAGGAGAGCUCCCUCUGGACACAGCAAGUGGGGCAGAGGCAGAAGCAGAAGGGGAUGGAGGGCUGGCUAGAGAGGAGGUAAGCCCCACAGGAGAAGCAGCAGCAGAAGAGUCUGUGGAUCCUGAAAAUAAGCCUCCUGGAGCUGAGGCUCCGGAACAGCAGGCUUUGGUGCAGUCAGUGCUCCAGACAGACCAGGAAGCUCCUGAAGGGGAGCAGGGCUCCCCAAAGGCCAUGGGCGCACCGGAGGCAGCAGUCCUGACAGAGGCAGCGAUGUCAGAGACAGGAAAGGCUGGGAGAGAGGCUGCAGUGGGGCAGGCCGGGCCUGGAAAGCCAGGUGUGGAGGAGAGUGAGGAGCAAGCAGCCAUAGACCAGCGGGACAGGGGCCCCAUGGAGGAGCCCGCAUCCGGGGAAGAGGAUGGUUGUGAAAGGACAGUGCUUGGGUCAGAGGACCCAGGCAAAGGCCCUGAGGGAGCGCUGGGAACAGAAGCGCCCCUGAGCCGCGCAGCUGGAGGCCCCGAAGAACUUUGUAAAGAAGCAGCAGAAAGGGAGGGAGUCCUGGCUGAAGCGGAAUCUAUUAAUAAUAGGGACGAUGACAGAAAAGAAAUUUUACCCGAGGAGUCGGAUGUAGCAGGAGAGACGAAGAAAGCUGAGAGGCCAAAAACACCUGCCGGGGAGACGGCAUCUGAGAGAGACGACGAGGUGGCAAGGGCGAAGGAACUUAAGGAUGAGGACGCUUUAGAAGAGCAGAAACCUGACGGGGAGGAGGGGGAGGCCGCGCAGGCCGCCAGAUCUGAGGAGAGGAGAGCCUCUCAGAACCAGACGGAAUCCGCUGCCGGCGGCGUAGAGGCCGCGGCGCAGGCUCCCGAGUCGCCUGAAGACGCAGGCCUGCUGGAGGAGGCGCCCCCAGAGCGCGCGACCGCCCCGUGUGAAGCAGCCCGCGGGUCUGAGCCGUCGGGGCCUCCCAGGAGCCCAGGCGGCGUGGGGGCCGCGACAGCGACCCAGGAGGGGGCUGCUGAGUUAGCUUCCAGGGAGGCGGGAAACUGGGGCGAGGACGCAGUGGAGGAGGCCCCCGAGGACAGGCGCGGAGAGUGGCCCCCGGGGACGGGAGCGGCGCAGGACAGGCCCACCGACGGGGUCGCGAGACCGGAGGAGAGGGCGCCGAGCAGGGACGCGGUGCCCGAGGUGGCAGGAGGGGCCGGGGCGCCACGACCUGAGGCUGGAGUGGCGGCGCUCGCAGGGCCUUCCGACCCGGGAGGGAGCGCCCCGGGGCUAGAGCGGGGUGGAGAGUGGGGGACUGCCUCCCCACGUGCAGGCUCCGCGGGCGAUCACCUAGGGGCCAGGGCCGGGGCAGGGGCCGCUGGAGGCUGCGGAGCUCGUCCAAGCCUGCCGGCGGCGCUCGCCAUGAGGCCAGAGUUCACUGGAACCCGCGAGGACCAGGAGCGGGAGCAGGAGCAGGAGCAGGAGCCGGAGCCCGUGGCGCCGGGAGAAAGUGAACGUGCAGCUGCUUCCACCAGCGAAGCCAAGGCCUAGCGGGCUUCGCGAUCGUGGAUCCUUUAAAGGUGUCUUCUGGAAGAUAUAAGAGUGGAGAAUGAUUUAUCCAAGCAUCUUGCAAAUAUCAGAUUUUGGGAUUGUUUUUGUUUUAUAAAUCACCGUGCUUGUCUGAGAUGAUUUCCAAUCUGUCGGUCAUUCAGUGGGAAAUAGCUCAAGUGGAUCUGCAGGACCAUCCAAAGAAGCACUGGUUCCUAAUGGAGAACUGAGCUGGGAUGUCCCAUGGUCUACACCCUUAAUAUGUCUACAUUCAAAUCAAAAUGAGAAUUUUCAAAUGUUCGACUUUUACCAAAGAUCAUCAGAAGGUCCAGACCCGAUGUCUGGGGAACUGUUUAAAUUCCCUUUUCCUUGGUAAAAACUCAAAUACUAAGUCAAAUAUUAGUUCCAAUUUCAUACAUGAGAGUGUUAUUGAAAACCUGUAUCUUGGUGCAUUAAUGUCUUGGCCUGUGAAAAUGAACCUUCAAGGUCCUUUUCAUGUGUACUCAAGAAUAAAGAUUGUUCCAGACCUUUAAGUCAUUCCAGAGAAGGAUUCCACCAUAAGUGGCUCCACUUACACUUAGAAAUACUCAUUCUGUUAUAUCAGAAGAGCAAUUUAAAGUAGAAAUCUUAUUUGAAAAUGCUCUUCGUUUUAUGUGUGUAUUUCUGUAGUUCUGUUUAAAGAGGAAGCAGUAAAAUAAUGAUAGCUUGAAGCAUUUUAUCCUCUGGGGGCCUUAUUUAUAGGGUCACUCAAAUUUAAAUCAAACUAGUAAAUAAUUUAGUAUAGUGGGAUGAGUAUAAUAAUUACAGCAGGCAAAUGUAGCACACCAGCACAUACGCCUACAUUCUAAACACUAGUUGAUGUCAUUCAAUGGAUUAAAUUAGUGUGCUGCUCAUCUUCCAGAGUUCUGUUAUUUCAAACCUGUGAACUAACUUUGCAAUCCACUUAAAUCAACAGUCACCAGUGCUUUCUAAAUUACCCCUGAUAUUAUUUUCUAGCUGUGCAUCAGCAUGCCCUCUAAGAGUUCUGAUUUCCUUAAAGCAUCUGCAUACCUCUAUCCCAAAGGACACCUUUGGUUUCCUUUUCUCUCUGUGAGGAGGUGCAAGAGAAUUUCCUAAAGCAAUGAUUCUCCAGCAAGUGUAUAUUAGACUUUCAUGAAGCACUUUCAUAAAUGACUCAACCUUUGGCCCCACCCCUGAGAUUCAAAUUUCAUUAGUUUUAGAUGAGUCUACAAACAUAAGGGGUUUUAGUUUGUUUAAACUCUUGACUUGAUUCUGCUAUGUAGCCGAAGUUAAAAACCACUGCUCUGAAUCAUCAUAAAUCCAUACUGGCUACCUUAUACUCUCUGUCCUUAGGGGCUAAGCAUAUUAUUAUUAAGAGUAUUUUUGUUUUGUUUUGUUUCUUCCUUUUCUUUCCCUUUUUCUUUCC